AUGGCACCAGUUGCCAUCAAAUUUGUUGUUACCUUCACUUCUCAGGACCUCAAGUACUCAGCGGAGACCCUCCUGACAAAAAAUGAGGCCAAGUAUUCCAAGUGGCUGUGCGCGCCAAAAGAAAGGUCUGGAGUCCUGGAAGGCGUGUUUCAACUUGAAAGGGCUUGUGUGAUUUCUGGCAUCGACAUUGGCAAUGCUGGGUCGGCCAACAUUCAGUUCUUGGUUGGGAAGUCUUCAUGGCCGAUGUCCAAGGAUUACGUGUGCCUUGUGCCUGUCACUACACUGAUGAAACCAAGGGAUAUCCGUGAUGGGUUGAACAAGCAUGGGGUGAGGAUGUUCAAGGAGGCUGAUUUCAAUGAAGAUGCUGCUAAGGAGAAGUGGGACCGCAUCAAGGUCAGGUUAACGCAGCAUCUUAAGAAAGACAAACCGUUUGGUCUGGCGAUGAUGCGGAUAAAGGCUGAAGAUGAAGAGAUGGACACAUUGAAAAAGACUCCACAAGCUGUGAAACAAUCCACUGAAGAAAGAAGACAGUACAACAUCACAGCCAAGAACAACCGAUUUGCCAGCCCCUCGUGGAAGUCUGCCUCGGAUUUUCAGAGACACUUUAUGAAGGACAUGGCAGAGCCAGAGAGAAACAUUGAUGCGGAGACUGUACUGAAGGGUAAACUCCUUGACCUUGCGGGAACCGCAGAAAAUGGCACGAACCAUGAAGACUCAUUGUCUCGCACUGCUAAGAUUGUCAUGGCGGCAAAUGGGCUGACGACGCCAAAAUAUGUGAAAAGUCCGAUUGUGAGUCAAAGUGGGAGUAGCAAGAAAAAAAGACCUCCAAGUUUUGCAGAAGAGGUAACUGCAUUCAUAAAAAAAAUCGACCCAUCUAGUCUUGAUGUUGAGAACCUCACUUUGGCAGAUUUACGCCACAAACUUGAGAAGUUGAAAUGUCGGAAGCUUUCAAAGGAAGAGAAGAAGUAUUUCUUCGAAAAGAUUCAGGAAUAUUUGGAAAGUGUGUUCAGUGGAGAAGAGAAAGGGGAAACGUGUAAAACACCUGCUAAACAAUCAAGAGUUAUGAACUGUGAUACUCCCAAGAUAACUCCUGGUCUGUUUACUGUCACUAAAACAACACCAAAGUCAACGCCGACUAUUCCUAAAACUCUACAAACUACUCCUUCUGUGAAAAGGACUCAAAAGAAUUCUCCUACUGUGUCAAAGUCUCUUUUUGAUAAGCGACAUUCGGUUGGUACAACAGUUUAUUUUGGUGGUAAAUCGUUUCCAAUUUCUCCACCAUCGCAGGAUGUAAGGAGCCCACAACAGUCACAUAGAAACAUUGUGAAUGACCUAUUUCCUACUGCUGGUUCACCGUCGUAUCAGGCGGCAUUGAGGAGGCAGGAACAGUCAUAUGAGGACAAUGGGCAUAAACAAGACCCUACUGCUGGUUCACUUGAGUUCCUGUCACACGUAAGGAGACAGGAGUCGUCAAGUCAAACUGCUUCGAAAACUCCCCAAAGUAAUACCAAACCCAGGAGGAAAAGGAAAGCAGCACCUGUUACACCUGAUACAAAUGAUGUCUGGUUGACAGCUACACCUGGAGAAGUAUCGCAAGUGGUGAAUAUAUCCGAUGAGGAGGAGGAAUGUACAAGGAAUUCAGUCCCGAGACGGAGAGCAGUGUCGACUGCUAAACAUCGCAAGAUGCCAGAAGUCAUUGAUUUGACACCCAAAAGUUCCAAAGCGAAGGCAGUAGCAAAGAAGCGUAAGGUGUUACCCAGCACGUUGACGUCUCCAAGGGUGGCACCAGGUGUCAAGAGAAAUACCGUCAUGAACAAUCCAAGCAUGUACGAGAGUCAAGAACAGCCAGAGAACCAGUCACCACCAGCCAGGCAACCAUCACCAGUUAGAACACAGUCGUUUGAUACAGAUCCAUCUAUCAUUGAAUGUCCUCUUUGUAAAGAUUCCUUCCCAUUUAACCAAAUAGAGUUACAUGCCGCAGUCUGUGAGAGCUCUGGCUACGCAUGUCCCAAUACAAGUAGCUCAUCUUUGACGGAUCACGAUGUCUUGACAGUGGAUGGUGUUGCCUGCCCGAUCUGCCAGCAGCCGUUUCCGGUCCUUGAGAUAGAGGCUCAUGCUGAUCAUUGUGCAUGGACUGCUUACUCAUAGGCUUGUUAUGUACAUGGACUUUAUGAUAGUAGUAAUCUUCUAAUCCAGCAUUGUACAUGAGGCGGUUGUCUACAUCAAUCAUACAAUAACAAUACAACAGGAAUAGGCAUGUACAUUAAUGGG